CGACUGUUUUCCCCAUAAUUUUGCGUCGUCAUUGAAAAUGAAAGUGCACACGUGGUCUUCAACUACCGGUGAAGUGCAUUGUGGUACACAGUCGACGGCCAUAUUGGAGUGUGCAGGAUGACUGACGCAGGAUUUUUCAAGGGUACGACGGCGGAUCAGGACAAUCGAUUCAGCGACAAAAAGAAAAAGUUGAUGAAGUCAAUGAAGUUCAAUGAUGGACUAGAAAAAAAGGUUGAUAUGUCUAAAGUGAAUGUUGACACAAUUAAGCCGUGGAUAGCACAGAGGAUAACAGAGUUACUGGGAAUUGAAGAUGAUGUAUUAGUGGAGUUUGUCUACAAUCAGCUGGAACCCAGGUUUCCGGAUCCCAAGGAUAUGCAGAUCAAUCUGACUGGCUUCCUAAACCCAAAGAAUGCACGGGUUUUUCUUGGAGAACUCUGGGAGCAUCUGUGUAGCGCCCAAGACAAUAUUGGGGGGAUUCCAGCCAAAUUUGUAGAGCAGAAGAAAGAGGAAAUUAAAAGGAAAAAGGCUGAGCAAGAAAGAAUCCAGGCUAAUUUAAAGAAGCACGAAGAACAAAUAAGAGAAACACUCCGUGAGCAAGAGGAGAAAGAGAAGAGGUCGAGAAGGAGAUCGAGAUCUAAGAGUAAGAGUCCCAAGAGGAAGCGAGAAUCAUCUCCUGACAAAUCUCCGAAAAAGGAGAAGAGUCCGACUCCAGACAGGAAAUCCAGAUCACCAAAGAAGACAGAGGAGCCGGUUCCAGAGGUUAAAACCAAUGGUGAGGAAGCCACAGAUCAGAACGGAGUGGAAGAAAAGAAAGAAGAAAAACCAAGCAAGGAAGAGGAGAAAAGAAAGUCGUCAAGCCGGUCCAAAAGUAGAAGUAGGUCACACAGUCGACGUAGAAGUCGCUCGGCAAACCGGCAUUCACGCAGGUCAAGGUCCAGAUCCAAAGAUCGACGUCGAUCUCCACCUCGACGAAGAUCACACAGUCGUUCCUAUGACAGGAGACGUAGCUCACCUAGACGAUACAGACGACCCUCGCCACGUAGGAGGUCGCCACGACGACGCAGCAUAUCACCACGGCGACGAAGUCCUGUGAAGUCACGCCCUGGUCGAUCACCUGAGAGAAGUCUGCGAAAACGUGCGGCUAAAUCAAGUUCGGGGUCCUCUAGUAGUUCUGACAGUUCACGGUCGCCGUCACCGUCCAACCACAAACAGACUGCCAAGGACGGGAGUGGAUCAGAGAGUUCUCCAGACAAGGGGGGUGUACAGAAGCGGCGACAGUACAGGAAACACGAUGUAGCAUCGAGCGGUUCUUCCUCCUCAUCUGACAGUGAGGAAUCCCCAGAGAGAAAAAAAUCUGGCCGAGGCAGAAGUCCGGUAUCGGUACACAGACGAGAUCGUAGAUAUUCCCCAGCGGGCCGUAGGAGACGUUCACCUCCUCCCAGUCGGUUUAGCCCUGUGAGAUACCGACGACCUUCACCCCGUUACAUGUCACCACAAAGACCCAGAAGGCGAUCAUCGCCAUACCACGACCAGAGAAGGAGCCCCAUCAGGAGGGAUGGUUACUCCCGUGGGUAUUCCCCACCUCCACGCUGGGGAUCCCCAUCUAGACGUCACAGGUCGCCCCAGAGAAACCGGUCUCCAGGAAGAAGACGCCGAGUGGAUUCUCAGGAUUCCCCGCCCAGACCGCGAAUCAGCUUGGAAGGAUCGUAUCAGAGACGAAGGGAGUCCGCUGGGUCACCAAGAAGAGAAUCACGAUCCCCUGACCCCCGGCGAAGAAACAUCCGACAGGAGUCGCCACAACGGAGGGAGUCUUUACAGAAGAAGUCUGAUGACAGGCACCGAAGAGGUCAGGAAAGGUCACCAGAUGCCGGGCGAAGGUCACCAGUGGUCAAGCGAAGAUCACCAGAGGUCAGAAGGUCAAAGCCUGCAAAAGAGGAAAGUGAGAGUUCAUCUUCAGGGUCGGAAUCAGAUUCCAGUGACUCUUCUACACCUAAGCCAAGAAGAGAGAAGGAUGACACAUCGAGAGACCGUGGGAAACCGGACAGAAGACCGCCGAUGGAGUCUCCCGAACCUGUGAGAAAACGUAAACCAUCUCCAGUCAGUAGAAAGGGACGAAGUUUACCCAAGAAAGAGGAAGAAGAAAGCGAUGAUUCUGACUCUGAAUCGGGGUCUCCUUCCCCUCCCCCAAGGAAGAAACAAGGGGAGAAAACUCUGUCGAAACCCAAACAAAGGCGUCCUGAAAGUCCUGUCAGAGAGAAGGAAGGCUUGCAAAGAUCAAAAGGCAGCUCUAGAAGAGAGACAAAACAAUCACCAGAGCAGAAGAAAGCCCCACCCCCGUGUGAUGAAUCAGAAGACAGUGACAGUGAGAGCUCAGACUCCAGUGUCCCUCCAAAACGGCGGUCAACAUCUCCCAGAGACUGGGAAGCAGCCUCACGCAGGAGGCCCUCCCCACCCAGUGGCAGACGACGGUCACCCGUAGAGAGAUCGUCAUCUCAGAAAGAAGCAUCCAGGCGUGAAAGGUCGCCUGUGGGUCGUCCUCCUAGAAUGUCUCCCUCCGAGGAUAACAGGUGGAAGCGAUCAAGGCGGCCGUCUCCCUCCCCACAACGUAGGAAUAGGGGAUCUGUUUCGCCCCCAGCCAGGAGAUCUAGGUCGCCACGGGCCAGAGGUCAAAGGUCACCACAGGUCAGAAGCCAAAGAUCAAGAUCACCAGUGGGUAGAUCCAGAUCACCUUUAGCUCAAGAUAGGACAUAUUCGCCAGGUGGGAAGCGAAGCAGAGGAUACAGUGAAUCCGAGAAUUACCCACAAUCCAAAAGAAGCAGAGAUCAGGGUUCUGAGGUCAGAGGUCGUGGGAGAGAAGAAGAGAUGAUGUAUGAGCGCCGAGUAAUGGGGGGACGAUGGGAAGAAGACGAAGUCCGAGGAAGCAAGAGAGGGACGGCCUAUGUGGAUGAGGAGGAUGAGGGUUACCAGCGUGUUGUCAUGGUGAAGCCCCGGGAAGACAAAACCGAAGAUGAAGCUCCACGCGGGCGGAAAAUUGAGAAGAAGGACGUAUCAGAGAGUGAGUCAGAGGAAUCUCAGACGUCAAAGAAGAAGAAAAAGAAGGAGAAAAAGAAGCACAAGAAACACAAAAAGCACAAGAAGCACAAACACAAGAAGGCAGCUAAAGCCCAAGGGGGUGAGGACUCGGACAGUCAGGAGGAUUUAGAGGCACUGGAGAAACGUCUCAGAGAGCGUGCCCUGCAGUCGAUCCAGUCUAAGGAGGAAAUGGAACGCGAACUCCAGCUGCGUGAAAAGGCGCUCAAGUCCAUGAAACGGCGCAGUGGGUCCGACAGCAGCGAGGAGGAUUCGGAUUAGAGUCUAAACACUCGACAGGAAAAUCUGCCGUGUCACUGACGAAGGAAAUCCCACGUAGUGGAGGAAAUCCCACAGGACACAAUCGGGAACACCCAGCUUGUCACGGGAAUUUCCCAUGUCAUUAAUUGUGAACUUCAUCUCUUUGAUUUGGAAAGGAAACAAUAUUGUAUGCUGCUGAUGGGAAAAGACUCCUUCCGAAUUUACUUACCCUAUUCUCUAUUCAUUAUUUUGUGAAUUUGAACAUUUCCAAUCAUGCUUAAAGCAUCAAUUUUUGAACUCUAUAAUGUUUUUAUAUUUAUGUGAUUUUUGUUAAGCUAAAUAAUGGUGUUAUUAGUGGUCAUGUGAGAAGGAUGCAUUGUGAUCUGUAAUGUUUGAAAAUAAAGAGAACGUGUAGUGGC